UCAUUUGAUACUGCCAAAGAAAUCUGGGACAUUGCAAAAGAAACUUUCUCAGACAAGGAAAACACAUCUGAAAUCAUCCAGAUUGAAGGCAUCCUCCACGAUUUGCGUCAAGGAAACCUUACGGUAACUGAAUAUUUCAAUACUCUUACUCGUCUAUGGCGUCAACUUGAUACGUUUGAGGUUCAUAACUGGAAUUGUGUUACAGAUGGUUUGUUGUAUAAAAAGAUUGUCGAAGGGAAACGUGUGUUUAAAUUUUUGUUAGGUUUGAACAAAAAUCUUGAUGAAAUCAGAGGAAGAAUCAUGGGAGUAAAACCUCUACCUAGCCUUAGAGAGGCAUUCUCUGAAGUGCGUCGUGAAGAAAGUCGGAAAAAUCUCAUGAUGGGAUCCCAUCAACAACUGAAUAUGGCAGAAAGCUCGGCUCUUAAGACUCAAUUCGCUCCUUUUGACAACCGUCAAAAAAUUAAAGGAGGUAGACCUUGGUGUGAUCAUUGCAGAAAGCCGGGACACUCAAGAGAAACUUGCUGGAAGAUUCAUGGAAAGCCAGUAGAUUGGAAGCCACGUCAACCACUUGAGAAAGAAGGACGAGGCAAUCAUGUGGCUACCGAUGAACAAUCGCCACAACCUGAAGCUAGCCCUUUUAAUAAGGAGCAAAUGGAGAUGCUUCAGAAACUACUGUCUCCUCUUUUGUCAGUACAGUCACAAACUGGCUCAUCUUCCAAUCAGCUCAUUGGUUCCGGAACCUUGGCUCACAAAGGAUUUGGAUUCGGGGAAGACGAUUGGCAAUGCUGAGGAAUGCUCUGGACUCUACAUCCUUAAGGAGCUCCAUGAUCCACAAGAACAACCUCAAAUGGCAGUUCGUAGUAAUUCUUUUUCGGUUUCAUGUCAAAAUAACGAUAGUGCAAUUAUGUUGUGGCACUAUCGCUUAGGUCAUCCAAAUGUUAUGUAUCUCAAGCAUUUAUUUCCUUCAUUAUUUCAUAAAAAUCCAAAAUCCUUUGAGUGCGAAAUCUGUCAAUUAUCAAAGCAAGUCCGGUCUCAUUUUCCCAUUCAACCCUAUAAAGAGUCUAGUCCAUUCUCAAUGAUUCAUAGCGAUAUCUGGGGUCCGUCAAGAAUAAAAGAUGUAACUGGUACUAGGUGGUUUGUCUCAUUCAUAGAUGAUCACACUAGAUUAACUUGGGUAUUCCUCAUGAAAGAAAAAUCUGAAACGAGUCAAAUUUUCAAAAAUUUUAAAAAUAUGAUUCAGACCCAAUUCCAGUCAAAAAUACAAAUUCUAAAGUCUGAUAAUGCUAGGGAUUAUUUCAACUCCAUUCUAGGAGAAUUUCUAGCACAAGAAGGGAUAGUUCACUUAAGUUCAUGUGUUGAUACCCCACAACAAAACGGAAUCGCUGAAAGGAAAAAUAGGCAUUUGUUAGAGGUGGCUAGAUCACUAAUGUUCUCCAUGAAUGUUCCAAAAUUAUUCUGGGGGCAAGCUGUCCUUACGGCAGCCUACCUCAUCAAUAGGAUGCCGUCUAGGGUACUAAAAUUCCAAACACCUUGUCAAACACUCCUAAAAUCCUUUCCGACUACUCGUCUCAUCUCCACCGUCCCACCCAAAAUUUUCGGGUGCUCUGUUUUUGUUCAUAUCAAUCAACAACAUCGAAGUAAACUUGAUCCUAGGUCACUCAAGUGCAUCUUUCUUGGGUAUUCUUCAAAUCAAAAAGGGUAUAAGUGUUACU